AAGAGGGUGUUGGUUCUUCAGUAUCGUACUGAAUACGUUUCGCAUCGGCAGUAUCGAAACAGCCAUCUCGACGGCAACACAAACGGUCAUUUUUAAGAACGUCGUACUUUUUAAAGAAGGAUUUUCUCCACAAACUACUGCGGAAUAGAAUUGAUUUUCAACAGUUUUAGCGGGCAUAUCGAUAUUUAAAAUGGUUUCCGCGAUGCGUACAGCGUUGAUCAUCUUCGGGCUAACACUUUUUAUAACUUCAGGUUCCGCCUUACGAUGCUGGGUAUGUGCGUCCAAUGUAAACAGCAUGUGUAAAGAUCCGAUGAACACUUCAGAUCAUAACGCUGCAUUUCAUAUAAGGACUUGCGAUCCAGGCCCAUAUGGCUCUUCAAAACCUAUUUGCCGCAAAAUUGUCAAACGAGAAAUGGGCGAGCGAGUUGUCAUACGCCAAUGCUCUACUCCAUAUCAUGACGAAAUGGAUACCAUUGAUGGUCAGUGCGGCAACUCCGUGACACAGGCAGGACGUGAUGUAAUCGAGUCCUGCCACAUCUGCAGCAGCGAUUUGUGCAAUUCGGCGACAGCCGUCUCUGCUACAAGGCUGAUCUACAUCGCCGUAAUAAUACUUUCUGCCUUGACUUUCCACCAAUCGAAAUACGUUCUUUAACAUUUUGAUAAUAAUCUAUAGUUAAAAAAAGAAGAGCGAUUUGAACGACAGCUACGAAUACUUAAUAUUAUAAAUCUACCAUUAACAAAUUUUCACUGAAGGAAUGAGUUGUUUUUUGACUCGACAGCUAUUUGAAAGAAUUUGUGUAAAAAGUAUGACCGAAGAACCUUGCAUAAGUCUUUUCCGGUUUAAGAACAAUCCGAUAUUGCGAAACAAAUAAUUAUAAACGAGAAAGUGAAUUUUACGAUUAAUAUUCAUUUACACGAAUUGCUGUAAGUACAAAAUAAAAUACAUAACAUAAUUAUGUGUA